UAUACUCGGGAACACGUGACAAGUGAACGCGGAGAGGUUAUGUUAACCUCGUGUUGUUUUUUAAACGUGCAUUUGUUAUGUGUGUUUUUAUGUGUAAUUUAAUGUGCAUCUAAUUAAAUUGUUUAUUGUUUCUCUUGUUAAUAAUAUUGAAUAAUGACAGUACAAGAAAUGGAUAUUUGUUUAAAUAUUUCAACGGAGCCUGGUGUUGGUCGUUCUAACAAAAAAAAGAAGACAGUUAAAAACUAUGUUAAAAGAUUGAAAGUAGGAAAAAAAGAAAGUAAGGUUAGCAGUGAGUCAAAGAGUGUUUUGACUGCUCAAAGUGGUGCAGUCAAAAGGGUUAAACAAAAAGCAUUGGCAACUAUAGUUGCUAAAAAUUUAUUAAAAAGUAAUACUGUUAAUAAUUCUCAGAAUAAACAGCAAUUAUCUAACUCUCAGUUUAAGUUGAAAAAUAAAAGUGAUGCAUCAAUACCAGUAACCAAUAAGUUUGAUAAAGUACCUUCCACUGCAAAUACUCAAAGUACAGAUUCCAAUAAAGUUACAACGCAGAUAAUAAAUAAUGAUUCUAAAGAACCAAUUAUAUCAUUUGUUAAAGUUCCUAAAAAAUUACUUAAUAAAGCAGUUGUCGCAAAGAAAAGAAAUGUUAGUGAAGAGAGUUCAAAGAAAUCAUUAUCUGAAAUAUUUUCCAAUUCAGUAACCAAAAAGAAUGUAGAAUCAGAUUUAUCAGAUAUAACUUUAAAUAUUAAAACCAAUGACAAUGAUAAGACUCAGUCAACACAUGAGAAAUCUGUUAUCGAACAGUUUCCUAAAAAAUUUGAUGCGAUUAAGAGACCAAAGAAGUUUGACACCGAUAUAAAAAAUAGGAAAAAGAAUCAGUUCAAGGAUCAUAAAGCAGAUAAAAACGAAUCUUCAGAUAAAUCUUCUUAUCAAAAUUAUAAAAAACAAACUGGUAAAAGUUCUUCUUUAUUUAAAAAUAAUCCAGAAGUUCCAAAUAUUGGACAAAGACUUGUAAAACCAAUCAGUGAAACAGUUUUCACAAAAAUUCAUUUUUCUGAUCUCGACGUACAUCCUUUUAUGGUAUCAAAUUUAGAACAAAAUAUGAACAUUACUAAAAUGACUACUGUACAACAAAUGGCAAUUCCUCAAAUAUUUUCUGGAAAAGAUGUUUUAAUCAGAUCUCAAACUGGAUCAGGAAAAACAUUAGCUUAUGCUAUACCAAUUAUUGAAUGUUUACAUAAAAUAAGACCCAAAUUAACAAGGAGUAGUGGUUUAAGUGCAUUAAUCGUUGUACCUACAAGAGAAUUAGCUUUACAAACUUAUGAAUGUUUUUUGAAAUUAAGAAAACCAUUUACAUGGAUAGUCCCAGGUUAUUUAGUUGGUGGUGAAAAAAGAAAAGCAGAAAAAGCUAGAUUAAGAAAAGGUUGUAAUAUUUUAGUUGGUACUCCAGGUAGAUUAUUAGAUCAUAUUAGACAUACAGAAGCUUUAAAAUUAGUCGAUGUAAAACAUUUUGUAUUGGAUGAAGCUGAUAGAAUGUUAGAUGCCGGAUACGAGAAAGAUAUUGCUGGUAUUGUUGAUGCUCUUAAAGGGACAAAUAUUAAAUCAGAUAAUUUAAAUAAUUCAAAUUAUGAUCCUAUGGCAAUGUUAAGACAAAAUAGUAGAAAAGUUUUCACAGAUGAAGAAACAACACUUCCAGAAGAAAAUAAUCAAAAAGAACAAAGUUCUAAUGAUAAUGAAACAUCAAAAUCUGAUAAUGAUAAAGAUAACGUAAAAGAUGUAAUUAAACAAGCAUAUCACUCGAACAGUGAAAGUGAUUCGGAGGAAGAUGAUUUUCCUGUAAAGAUAAAAAAAAAAAGAGAGAAAAAAUCUAUAAUAAAACCUACAGAAAAAAAAGAAGAAAAUAUAAAAAUAUCUUCUGAAGAUCUCACACCACAAACUAAGCCAAAAAGACAAACAAUUCUUUUAUCUGCAACGUUAACUCAAGCCGUGGAAAAAUUAGCGGGAUUGGCUAUGCAUAAUCCAGUUUUUGUGGAUGCUGCAAAAGAAAAUUUAGUAACAUUUGGUGGAGAUGAAGAUCAGAUCAAUGAAGAUUAUGUAGUUCCUCAAAGUGUGCGUCAAAGUUACGUUAUUACUCCACCAAAACUACGAAUGGUCACUUUGAGUGCUUACAUUGUUGAUAGAUGCAAGCAAUCUGGACACAAUAAAAUGUUAAUAUUCAUGGCAACUCAAGAUAUGGUAGAUUAUUAUACAGAAAUUUUAUCAACCAUAUUAACAAAAUCAACCGACGAGGAAGACGAAGAAUCCGAUCCACUUGUAGAUGUUGAAUUUUUAAAAUUACACGGUAACAUGAGUCAAAAGGAAAGGACUGAAGUUUUCAAAAAUUUUAGAUUAGCAAACAGCAGUGUUCUACUAUGUACGGACGUCGCAGCACGUGGAUUGGAUUUGCCGAAGGUGGAUUGCGUUGUACAAUACACGGGACCACUUUCAACCAGGGAUUACGUGCAUCGAAUUGGUCGUACGGCACGUGCUGGUACUUCCGGAUCUGCAAUAAUUUUCCUUACACCACCGGAAGUUGAAUUCGUGCGAAUGUUAGAAUCUAAAAGAAUUCGAAUUAAUCAGAUAGACAUGGAUAAAAUAUUAGGCAAAUUGAUAGGAGGACCAUUAUCCAAGUAUCGUUCAGUUCAAGAAGCUGCCAUUGCUCUUCAAAGAGAAUUCGAAGCGUUACUUUUGGAGGACAAGAAACUUCAUGGGAAAGCUUGUAAAGCAUAUGUUUCCUGGAUGCGUUUCUAUUCGACAUAUCCUCACGACAUGCGUGAGAUUUUCAAUCGAAAGGAAUUACAUUUGGGUCAUUAUGCUAAAAGUUUUGGUUUGAGUGACAGGCCUCAACAAAUCGGUGAAAUUGGAAAGAAAGUGUGCGAACAGGAAACCAAAAUUCAACCCAACAACAGACUUACCAUCGAUCGAUCUGAUCGAAAGACUCAAGGAAAACAAGAUGGUGGUCAUCGUAAUACGGGAACUUUGAAGAAAGUUAGGAUGUUGAACGUGUCAGAAUACGACAGUGGUUUACCAGCUCUCAAAAAACCGAAGAAAAAUUAAAAAUAUUAAUAAUUUAUUUUGUUUAUUUUUAUUACAUACACAUACACACAUAACAAAAUAAAAAUCUCAAUCACAAUCUUUCCAAAUCCUAACCACAAUCUUUCCAAAUCUUAUUGCAAAGUACAAGUUAAAAAUCUGAA